AUGAGCGAUCAAAGUAACAUAUUGGACGUAAAGUCCGUGAGGAACAUGCUACGCGAACUGAUUGACCGUACCAAAGACUGCGAGACCUUAGACGCGUUUCGUCUGUUCGUGUUGCAACACAACACGUACGACGUGGACAAAGCGACCAAAUUAAUUAAACGAGGUAAGCUACGACGAGGUUCGAAUUCACAUUUUAUUAUUACAUGUAUUAUACAAACAUAUUUUUAUAUAAUUUAAUGUACACGCAGGUACACAUUUAAAAGGGGAAAACGGCCGAUAA